CCCACAAGCCAGGUUUGCCAAAUCAAACAACAAAACCCCCCUCAUUACAGAACACACAACACAAAACUCUCAUGGCAACCUCAAAUAGAAGAACAGGAAGCAACAGUUCUGUCCUCCGCCCCCAGUUUCCUUCUGGAAGCUUCCACUCCCCGCGCUCCUCGGGAUCCUCGCCGUUCGCUUCUUCCUCCGCCGCCUUCUCCUCACACACCUCCCCUUUUCUCCGCCGAUCAGCCUCGCCGCCACGUGUCAAUCUCUACAACUCAUCUUCAUCGUUAAAAUUCUCAAUCGACCGCGCUGACUCGCCGAGCCGAUCAAUCUCCGCGGCGCGCCGCAACGAGACCGUGAAGAAGCCAGGCAACGCGCCGAUACCGAGUCAGAAGCGGAGCUGUAUGUGUUCGCCGACGAAUCAUCCCGGCUCGUUCCGCUGCAGUAUGCACAAGAAUGCGGCGAAUGUAUCGAACCAGACGACGUCGUAUAGAGGCAACAGGCUGAACGAGCGGAGAUCGGCGAUGACGAAUUCGCUGGUGAGAAUCGGCACCGUGGAAGGUGAAUUGAUGAAAAGAACAUUGGCGGCGCUGAUUAGGCCGUCGUCGCACAGUCAGAAGCGGCGGGGUUCGUUUCAGCCGAGGCCGAGUAGGCUGUCUGUUAUGUCCAAAGCAGAGGAUGUUCCUUCAGACCAGUAGCUUAUAGUUCUUACUCAAUUUUGAUGUCAAUUAAACUAUAGGAUUCAAACGGAUUGUAUAUAUUAGUUUAAUGAAUUUUGAUGGACAUAUAUUA